AUGGCUCCUGCUGCAGUUGAGACCCAGACCGUUGUCAUCCCCGAGACCUCGGCCUUCAAGACUAGCAUCCUUACCGGCCAAUACAAAGAGCUUGCCCCUAAGUUCGACCCUGAGGCUGAAUCCGGUCUCAAGGGAUACCAGGCUGCAAAGUACCCGCACUAUCUCCCGACCUGGGACCCCAAUGAGAAGUACCCUCCGCUCGAGCCGUUUGAGCACUAUGAGCAUGGCAAAGAUGCCGACCCGACCUAUCCGAACCUUCUGCCCAAAGGCCAGGUCACGGUGACCCAUCUCACGCCCACGAUUGGCUCUGAGGUUCGCGGUAUCCAGCUCAGCAAGCUCAGCAACGCCGGCAAGGACGAGCUGGCUCGCUUCGUGGCUGAGCGUAAGGUUGUCGCCUUCCGCGAUCAGGACUUCGUCGACUUGCCCAUUGAGCAGCUCCUUGAGUUCGGCUCAUAUUUCGGCCGCCACCACAUCCACCCAACCUCGGGCGCCCCCAAGGGCUUCCCUGAGAUUCACCUGGUUCACCGUGGCGCCGGCGACAAUACUAUUGACCAGUACUUUGCCAACCGCACGAGCACCGUAGCUUGGCACAGUGACGUCUCGUACGAGCGCCAGCCGCCCGGCACGACUUUCCUGUACGUGCUGGAGAAGCCCGAAGCUGGCGGAGACACUCUCUUCGUCGACGCUGUCGAGGCCUACAAGCGGCUCAGCCCAGCCUUCCGUCAGCGUCUGCACGGCCUGAAGGCUCGUCACUCGGCUGUUGAGCAGGCCAAUGCCUCGCGUGCUCGUGGUGGCAUCGUGCGCCGUGAGCCCGUUAUCAAUGAGCACCCUAUCGUCCGCACACACCCGGCUACUGGCGAGAAGGCGCUCUUCGUCAACCCUCAGUUCACCCGCGACAUUGUUGGCCUGAAGAAGGAGGAGUCCGAGGCGAUCCUCAAGUUCCUGUAUGACCACCUUGCAUACGGUGCCGACUUCCAGGCGCGCAUCAAGUGGGAGGAGCGCACUGUCGUCGUUUGGGACAACCGUGUCACUCAGCAUUCAGCGCUUGUUGACUGGAAGGACGGUGCUCGCCGCCACCUGGCCCGCAUCACCCCACAAGCGGAGGUUCCAUUUGAAACUCCAUUCGAGGAGGAGUGA